AAAGAUAAAAAUAUAACAUUAAAAACUAUUGGAAAAGGAUCAGUAACUGUAAAUGAUAUUGAUCUUUUACAUGUAGCAAUUUCGGCAAAAAGUGCAGCAGUAGUUGUGCAACGAUGGAGAGAUGGAUAUAUGCAAGAAUUACAUAGUCAAGUUAUACGAUUAGUCGAUGAAGUUGAAGGUCCAAAUGGCUUAAUGAAGAGAAUUAAUUCAGCAAGUUGGAUCAGUGAUGGAACGACAAAUUCUUCAAAUUCUCCAAGACCACCAAUUGAUGAUACAACUGGUGCUGUAAAUAGACUAUCAAUUUCUGGUCUUACUAGUCGAGUAAGAAGAAUUGAAACUCGUUUACGUAAUGUUAUUACAAAGCUAACAACAAAUCAAUGUACAAGUAAUCCUUGUUCAAAUGGUGGUACAUGUAUACGUAUUUAUGAUGGUUAUCAAUGUAUUUGUCCAUCAACUUGGGAAGGUUUAAAUUGUGCAACAGAUGUAAAUGAAUGUGCAAGAUUUUUUGGUACUGAUUUGGGUUGUCAAAAUGGUGCAACAUGUACUAAUUUACCAGGUUCAUAUCGUUGUGGUUGUACAACAAAUUGGAGUGGUAUUCAUUGUACUCAAAAAUCAAGUGGUUGUAAUGCUGAAAAUUCAGCUGAAUUAUGUGGUAAAGGUGUUUGUGUAUCAAAACCUGGUACACCACUUGGUUAUUCAUGUAUUUGUGAUCAAGGCUGGAAAUCUGAAGGUUCAAAUCCAGCAUGUAGUAUUGAUGUUGAUGAAUGUAAUGGUAAUCAUCCUGCAUGUUCACAUGAUCCACCAGUACCAUGUAUUAAUGUACCAGGAAGUUAUUAUUGUGGUGGUUGUCCAUCUGGUUAUACUGGAAAUGGUUAUUAUUGUACUGAUAUUGAUGAAUGUUCUAUUGACAAUGGUGGUUGUAGUACAUUACCAAAAGUAUCAUGUAUUAAUACAAGAGGUUCAUAUACAUGUGGUUCAUGUCCACCUGGUUAUCAAGGAAAUGGAAUAACUUGUGUUUUAGUUGGUGCAUGUAGAAUAAAUAAUGGUGGUUGUCAUUCACUUGCAACAUGCAUUGAAAAUCCAAAUUUAUCAAAUGUUAUUGUUGAGUGUAGAUGUCCAAAUGGUUAUCAAGGUAGUGGAAUGGGACCUCAAGGUUGUCAAGCUGUAAUAAAUAGUUGUUCUAGUAAUCCUUGUAUUCAUGGUACUUGUAUAUCAUAUGACAAUACAUUUAUGUGUCGUUGUGAUGCUGGUUAUACUGGUGAAACAUGUUCAACAGCAAUUAAUUUAUGCAUACCAAAUCCUUGUAAAAAUGAUGGUAAAUGUUCAAUUAAAUUUAAUACAAUAACAUGUGAAUGUACAGCUUCAUAUCAAGGUCCUCGUUGUGAUACACCAAAAGAAACUUGUGGUGGUAUUAUUAGAGAUCAAUCAGGAAUAUUAACAUAUCCAUCAAAAAGUAUUGUAUAUUCACAUGAUUUAAGUUGUGCAUUUGUUAUUGUUACAAAUUCAUCACUUGUAUUAAAUGUAACAUUUAGUAAAUUUGAUAUUGAAUUAACAGCUGGUUGUCGUCAUGAUUUUUUACAAAUUCAUGAUGGUGGUAAUGCUGCUAGUCAUCAAUUAGGACGUUUUUGUGGUACACAAUUACCACUUGGUGGUAAUAUUAUAACAACACAUAAUAUGAUUUAUUUAUGGUUAAAUACAGAUAGUAGUGAUGCUAAAACUGGUUUUACAAUUAAUUGGAAUAGUAUUGAGCCAAUUUGUGGUGGUUUAUUAACUGCUGAACAUGGUACAAUAAGUUCACCUGGUUCACCAGGUAAAUAUUCACCAAAUCGUGAUUGUAUAUGGGAAAUAUCUGUACGUCCUGGUAAACGUAUACAAUUUCAUUUUUUUACUGUAUUAUUUGAAAUACAUCCAAAAUGUGAUAAAGAUUAUCUUGAAAUAAAUGAAACAUUAUUAGAUAGAAAUGUACAAUUAGGUUUAUAUUGUAAUCAUACACAUCCAGUACCACUUGUAACAUCAGGAUCAUUUGCAUCAGUACAUUUUCAUUCAGAUAAUAAAGGACAAGAUCUUGGUUUUCAAUUAACAUAUUCAAGUAUUGAAGGUAUACCUGGUUGUGGUGGUAUAUAUACUAAAGAAUCUGGUUCAAUAUCAACACCAAUGGAUGGUAAUACAUAUGAACAUAAUUUAGUAUGUGAAUGGAAAAUACAAUUACCAAUUGGUGAAAAAAUAUUUAUUGAUUGGCAAGAAUUUGAUAUUGAAGGCUCAAAACCAUGUAGAUUUGAUUAUGUUGAAAUAUUUGAAGGACCAAAUACUGAUUCACCAUUAAUAGGUAAAUAUUGUGGUGAUAGUAAACCACCAUCACAAAUACUUGAUUCAAAUGAAGCCUUAAUAAUAUUUAAUUCAGAUUUUACAAUGUCUGGUAAAGGUUUUAAAUUAAAUUAUAAUACACAUUGUGGUGGUGAAUUUUAUGAAACAAGUGGUAUUUUAAAAUCACCAUAUUAUCCACAUAAUUAUCCAGCAGCAAAAACAUGUACAUAUCGUAUUAUUCAACCACCAGGUAAAGCAAUUAUAUUAAAAUUUAUUGAUCUUGAAAUUGAGGGUGGUUCAUUUGAAAGUUGUUAUUUUGAUCAUGUACAAGUACGUGAUGGUGAUAAUGAAAAUUCAACAUUACUUGGUGAAAUAUGUGGUGAAAUUGAUAAUAUGCCAUCACAACCAUUUUAUUCAACACAUAAUUAUAUGUUUUUACAAUUUAAAGCUGAUUCAAGUAUUCAUGGUAGAGGUUUUCUUGCAAAUUAUACAACAAUUGAUCGUAGAUGUGGUGGUAUAUUAAAUCAAUCACCUGGUACAAUUCAAAGUCCAGGUGGUGAUAAUGGUUAUAAUAAUGUUGAAGAUUGUACUUGGUUUAUACGUGCACCACCUGGUUAUAUUGUACAAUUAACAUGGACAAAUUUUAAUUUAGAAUAUCAUGAUAAUUGUGCAUCUGAUUAUGUUACUGUUGAAGAAUUAUUUAGAGGUGAAGCAUUAAAAAUUGGUACAUAUUGUGGUAAUAAAAAACCACCAAUAAUUAAAACACAAAGUGAUAUUGCAAAAAUAAGAUUUGUAUCUGAUAAUACAAUAACAUCUGAUGGUUUUACAAUUGAUUAUAUAUUUAUUGAUGUUAAAGAAUUUUGUGGUGGUAAUUAUUAUACAUCAAAUGGUGUUUUAUAUAGUCCAGGUUAUCCAGAUAGAUAUCCACCAGAUCGUGAAUGUUCAUGGGUCAUUGAAGCACCAAAUAAAAAACGUAUAAUACUUAAUAUAACAAAAUUUGAUUUAGAAAGUCAUAGUGAAUGUAAAUUUGAUCAUUUAGAAAUUCGUAAUGGUGGUUAUUCAACAUCACCAUUAAUUGGUAAAUUUUGUGGUGAUAAAAUACCAUCAUUAAUAUACAGUUUAACAAAUCAAUUGUAUAUUAAAUUUGUAUCUGAUUCAUCACAAGGUGAACAAGGUUUUCAUUUAACAUGGGACAGUACAACAUAUGGUUGUGGUGGUACAUUAUCAGGUUCAAGUGGUGAUAUUAUGUCACCAUAUUAUCCACAAAUGUAUGCACAAUCAUCAGAAUGUAUAUGGAAAAUUGCUGUUGCAUCUGGUAGUCGUAUACAAAUUAUAUUUGUUGAUCUUGAUUUAGAGCAUCAUGUUUAUUGUAAAUUUGAUUAUCUUGAAAUAUCAGAGGGUGUUGAUGGUAAAAAAAAAAAUACUAAUACAUAUUGUGGUUCAACACCACCAACACCAUCAACCAUUGAAUUAAAUUCAAAUUUAGCAACAAUACGUUUUCGUAGUGAUUAUACAAAUUCAGCACGUGGAUUUUUCAUUAAAUAUACUGCAUUAUGUAAUAAUAAAGUACAUGGUCAUUAUGGUGUUAUUGAAUCACCAAAUUUUCCUAAUAAAUAUCCAACAAGUAUAAAUUGUAGCUGGAUUAUUGAUGUAACAGAGGGUAAUAAAAUUAAUUUAACAUUUUCACAUUUUGAUCUUGAAAAUAUUGGAAGUUCAAUAAGUGCUGAUUGUAUUGAUGAUUAUUUAUUAAUAGAAGAAGGUACAAAUGAAAAACCAAAUACAAAAAUUGGUAAAUAUUGUGGAACAUUAAAUUUACCAAUGAAAAUUGCAUCAAAACAAAAUCAAGUGUUUAUUAAUUUUAUAUCAGAUUCAUAUGUUGAACACAGUGGUUUUCGUCUUGAAUGGAUACUUAAUGGUUGUGGUGGUCAUUUAACUAGAUCUGAAGGUAUUAUAACAUCACCAAAUUAUCCAUUAGAAUAUCCAGCUGAUACUAUUUGUGAAUGGUUAAUUGAAGUUGAUUAUGGUCAUAGUAUUGAAAUAUAUUUUGAUAAAAUAAUACUAGAAAAAGUUAAUACAUGUUCAAAUGAUAAAGUUAUACUUUACAGUGGUGAAGAUGAAAACUCACCAAAAAUAGCUGAAUAUUGUUAUUCAAAUGAAGCAAUUAAAUUAACAAGUUCAAAAAAUAAAUUAUUUAUUAAAUUUAUAUCAGAUUCAACAAUAUUUGGUAGUGGUUUUUCUGCAAAUUAUAAAACAGUACCAUUAUUAUGUGGUGGUGUAUUUUUAUCUGAUCAAGGAUUAAUAUAUUCACAAAAUUAUCCAAAAAAUUAUCCACAUAAUGAAAAUUGUGAAUGGUUAAUUGAAGUUGAUAAAAAUCAUAUUGUUAAUUUAACAUUUAUUGAUUUUGAUAUUGAAGAUACAACAAAUUGUACUGAUGAUUAUGUUAGAAUAUUUGAUGGUGAAACACGUGAUAAUAAUAUAUUAGGAUCAUUUUGUAAAUCACAGUUACCACCAUCAAUAUUUUCAACUGGUAAUAAAAUGCUUGUUGUUAUGAGAAGUGAUAGUUUUUUAUCAGCAAAAGGUUUUAAAGCUGAAUUUAAUCGUGCAUGUGGUGCAAGAAUAAUAGCAGAUGAUAUUGGUGAAUUAAAUGUUGCAUCAAAUUUACAUUUACGUCAUUCUGAUGAACGAGCAAAUUGUACAUGGAUUAUAAGUGCAUAUGAUCCAAGUGAUCAUAUUACAUUGAGAUUUUAUCAUAUGGAUAUUGGUGAUGAUAAUCAAGAUGAUUUUGAAACUGGUGUAUCAGAAGUAAUUAAUGUUUAUGAGGGUGAUGGUACUGAUGGACCACUUAUUGGUACUUGGCAAGGUACUAAAACUCCACCACCAAUUAUCAGCAAAGGAAGAUCACUUACUGUACAUUUAUUUUCAAAUUAUUCAAAUGAAUUAACAUUUGAUGCAAUAUAUACAGUACUUAAUACAGCUUGUGGUGGUGAUUAUUAUUCUGAAAAAGGUAAUAUUGCAUCACCAAAUUAUCCUGAUAGUUAUCCAACAAAUGCUGAAUGUACUUGGUUACUUCAUGUUGCUCCUGGUAAUAAAUUAAGUUUAUUAUUUAGUAAAUUUGAUAUUGAAUCAAGUGAAAAUUGUGAUCGUGAUUAUCUUGAAAUAAGAGAAAUAUCAGCAACUGGUAAACUUAUUGGUAGUUAUUGUGGUAUUAAUCAAAUAAAUGAAAUUAAAUCAAGUUAUCCAUUGUGGAUUAAAUUUAGUAGUGAUGCUACUGGUACGGGUAAUGGAUUUUUAGCUGAUUAUACAUUUGAACAUGGUAAUGAUUUAAGUGGUUCUUCUGGUGAAAUUGCAUCACCACUUUAUCCAUAUCCAUUUAAAAAAUCCGAUGAAAUAACAUGGAGAAUUACUGUUGAUUUUGGUUUUUCAAUUAAAAUUGAAUUUUAUGAUUUUCAUAUGGAAACAUAUUUUUCAAGUUCACGAUGUUCAUAUGGAGCAUCGUUAAGGGUUUACGAUGGUUAUGAUGAUGAAGCACCAACUUUAAAAAGUAUUUGUGGAAUUGUAACACCUGAUCCAAUACAAUCAACAAGUAAUAUUAUUUAUUUAGUAUUUGGCAGUAGUAAUGUUAAUGAAGGAAAUUGGUUUCAUUUACAUUGGUAUCAAGUACCUAGACAAUCAACUGACGGAGAAAAUACUGAUACAGUAUUGUCUAAAUGUCACGAAGAAAUAUCACUUGUUGAUUCUUUAAAUACAACUUAUUAUUUCAAUUCACCUGGUUGGCCAGAUGGCUAUGAUAUUAAUCUCAAUUGCAAUUGGAUAUUUACAUCACCACCAGGAACACAUCUUGUUUUUCGUUUUAUAUCACUUGAUCUUUAUGAAUCAAAUGAAUGUUUAGAUGAUGCAGUUUCAAUAUAUUCUGGUUUUUCAUCCGAGGAUAUAUCAUCACCAGAAGAAAAAUUACUUGGUAGAUAUUGUUUAACAAAUCAAACAAAUUCAUAUGUCGAAGCAAGUAAUACAAUGACUGUUAAAUUUACAACAAAUUCAUAUAUGAAUAAAACUGGUUUUCGUGCAUUAGUUUAUAGUAAAUGUGGUGGUGAAUUAAAAUCAGCAAAUGGUGAAAUUGAUUUUCAUAAUGAUAUAACAAUUCGUUCAUUGAGUUCAAUGAAUUAUAAUUGUGAAUGGAAUAUAACAGUUAGAACUGGUAGAAAAAUUGAAGUUAAAAUUGAAAGAUUAUCAAUUCAAACAAAUGGCAAUAUAUGUGGUGAUUAUUAUUUAAUGUUAAAAAAUGGUGAAGGUCCAAAUUCACCAUUACUUGGUAAUGGUAAAUAUUGUGGAAAUACAACAUAUAGUAAUAAUGUAUUAACAACAACUGGAAAUAAAUUAUAUGUUAAAUCAGUUGGUGGUGGUUCACAUGUAUCAUUUUAUUUAACAUAUCGUGAAAUUGGUAUGGAAUGUGGUGGUAGAUAUGAAUUAACAAAAAUAAAUAAUAAAAUUGAAUUUUCAUCACCAAAUUAUCCAAAUAUACCAUCACCAUAUUCUGAAUGUUUUUGGACAUUUAUGGCACCACCUGGUGAAAGAUUAACAAUACAUUUUAUUGAUAGAUUUGAUUUAACAACAAGUGAUGGUUGUACUAAAGAAUAUAUUGAAUUACGUGAUGGUGGUACUGAUUCAUCAAAAUUACUUGGACAAUUUUGUAAUGAUAUUGCACCAAGUAGUAUGUCAACAACUGGUAAUAUGCUUUAUGCACAUUUUUUUACUGAUAUUCCUGAUCCUAAAAAUGGUUUUAAAGCAUCAAUAACAACUGGUGAAAUUUGUGGUGGUAUAUUACGUGGUAAAAAUGGUGUUAUAACAUCACCAAAUUAUCCUGGACCAUAUAAACAAAAUCAAAAUUGUACAUGGAUUAUUAUUGCACCACCAGAUCAUACACUUAAAAUACAAUUUCGUGAUAUUCAUUUACCUGGUUUUCGUCUUUGUGAAUUUUCAGAUAAUAUUGAAAUUAGUGAAAAAUUACCAAAUAAUGAUACAAAAAUAAUUAUUGGUAAUUAUUGUGGUUAUAAUAAACCAUCAAUUAUUAAAACAUCAUUUAAUGAAGCUAUUGUUUCAUUUCAUACUGAUAUUAAAAGUCAUAUUAAUUAUCGUGGUUUUAGUUUAAAUUUUACAGCAACUAAAGAUGCAUGUAGUAGUCAUUUAAAUGGUAUUACUGGACAAUUUAAAUCACGUGGUUAUCCAAAUCCAAAUAUACGUCCAAUUUAUUGUGAAUGGGAAAUUGAAGGACCACUUGGUACACAAAUACGUGUUGAUAUUGAAGAUUUAGAAAUAAGUAAUGAUGAUAGUUAUGGUUUUAAUUUAGCAUUUUAUAAUGAUUUGAAAACAAGAUCACUUAUUAUUUCAAUUAGAAAAACUGAUUAUCCAACUGUUAUUAAAAGUUCAUCAAAUAUAAUGUUAGUAGUUUAUUGGUCAACAAGUGGACGUCGUGGAUUAAAAGCAAAUUAUCAAGCAAUUGUACCAGCUCCUUGUGGUGGUAUUAUUACAAAUGAAGAAGGUGAAUUAUUAGCACCAAGAGUAUCACCAUUUAAUUCAACAUCAUAUUAUUGUCAGUGGUUAUUAAAACCACCAUCUAGAAUAUUAUUUAGUGAUGAAAUUGAAACGUCAAUUGAACCAAAAACAUUGACAAUUACUGUAACAGGUGAUAUUGGAAAAUCACGUGAUUUUAGACCAUGUAAUGCUAUGGCAAAAAAUAUAGUUGUAUCUGAUAAGCAUGGAUCAAUUAGUGAAGUUUGUGGUAAUGCAACACAACAACCAUUUAUAAUACGUAGUCCAUCAUUAGAAAAUACAGUUAAAAUAUUAAAUGGUACAUAUGGUGGAUUAAUGAAAUAUGAUAUUAAAUAUAAAUGGCAAAAUUGUGGAGGAAUAUUAACUGGUCCAUCAAAUAUAUUAAAAGCACCAAUAAAUAUAACAUAUCCAAUAAGUUGUGCAUGGAAAGUUGAAUUUUCUGAUGAUGGUGAAGUUAUUAUGAUGAAAUUUAAUCGUCUUAAUCUUGAUAGUUGUGAUAAAGGAUAUAUUAUUGUUAAAAAUGGUGGUCCAAUGUCACCACAAAUUGGUAAAUAUUGUGGUAAUAUAUUGCCUGAUAAUUUUACAAGUUCAUCAAAUAAAUUAUGGAUUGAAUAUUGGGCAUCAAUUGGACCUGCUGAUUUUGAAUUAACAUUAAAUACAGUAACAGAUGGUUGUGGUGGUUUAAUGCAUGGUUCAAGUCGUGAAAUAACAUCACCAAAUUUUCCAAAUCGUUAUUCAAAUAAUGCUGAAUGUACAUGGGAAAUAAAAGCUGAUAAUGGUUAUCAUAUUGGUUUAUCAUUUGUUGAUCGUUUUAAUAUUGAAACAAGUAAUUUAUGUAAUAAUGAUUUUGUUGAAAUUUAUGAUUGGAAUAAUAGUAAUAAUUUAUGGAAUUCAAUUGGUAAAGUAUGUGGACGUAAUGUACCAUCAUCAUUUAAUUCAACAACAAAUCGUAUGAAAGUUAUAUUUCGUUCAAAUAAUGAAAUUGAAGGUGAUGGUUUUCGUGCAAUUUGGGAUGAAAAUUGUGGUGGUACAUUUGAAGCAACAAAAUAUCGUCAAAUUAUUGAAUCACCACAUUAUCCAGAUUCUUAUGAUAAAAAUUUAUAUUGUAAUUAUACAAUAAUAACACCAGAAAAUAAAUCUGUAUUUAUUGAAUUUAAUGAAUUUUCACUUGAAAAAAGUAGCGAUUGUAAAUAUGAUAAUUUAACAAUUUAUAAAAAUGAAUUUGGAUGGAAUCAUCUACCAAUAACUUAUUGUGGUGAUGAUAAACCACCAAUACAAUUAUCAAGUAAUAAAAUUAGUAUUAUAUUUCGUACUGAUUCAUUAUUACAAAAACGUGGUUUUCAAUUGACAUAUUUUAUCAAUGAAUGUGGUGGUAAAAUAACAAAUCAAGAAAUUUUAAAACCACCAACAAAUUCAUUAAAUCAAUAUCUUAUGCAACAAAAUUGUACAUGGAUUAUUGAAGCACCAAAAGAUAAAAAUGUAUUAUUAAGAUUUAAUAUGUUUCAUCUUGAAUAUCAUAGUAGAUGUUUUUUUGAUCAUUUUAAUGUUUAUGAAGGUUCAUUUAUUGAUUCAAAUAAAAUGAUUGCAAAACUUUGUGGUAAUUUAAAUGAAUCAUUGCCUGUUAUUAAAUCAAAAAGUAAUAUAAUGACAAUAAAUUUUCAUUCAGAUAUAAAUAAUAAUUUUGAUGGUUUUAAUGCACAAAUAUUAUUUACAAAAAGUAUUGAAUCAGGUUGUGGUGGUAAUAUAAAUUUAACAAAAUCAAUAAUAUGGAAAACACAAAGUGAAACAAAUUAUGAAUCAUUUGAAGAUUGUUUUUGGAUAAUUCAAACAUUACCAGGUAAAAAUAUUAAAUUUACAAUAACAAAUAUGGAUCUUAAAAAUUCAACAAAUUCAACAAAUACAACAUCAAUAUCAUCAACAACAUUAUCAUCUUCUUGCAAUGGAGAUUUUAUAGAAAUACGUGAUGGAAGAGAUUUAUUUUCUGAUUUAAUUAAUCGUUAUUGUGGUACAAAUAUACCAGUACCAAUAACAUCAAGUUUAAAUGUAUUAUGGAUAAGAUUUGCAAGUGAUGGUGAAAAUAAUGGAUCUGGUGCUAUUGCAACAAUUGAACCAAUUGAUUCACCAUGUGGUACACCAUUUAUAAGAAUUAGUAAUAAUACUGAGACAAUAACAUCACCAGGUUAUCCAAAUAAUUAUCCAUUAGGAAUACAAUGUAAAUGGAUUAUAUCAUCAACACGUGCUCAUGAUAUACAUGUACAUUUGACAAAUAUUGAUAUGGAAGAUACAGAUAAAUGUGAAGGUGAUAAACUUCAAAUAACUGAUAAAAAAUAUAAUAAAUUUACUGUUCGUGAAUUUGGUGAAAAAUUUAUUUAUAGUGGUAAAUAUCAUUCACUUCCAUUUUCAUCAUAUCAACGUUCACCAUUAUCAUCAUUUUCAUUUUGUUCAAAAAUUGAAAAUUAUGAUUAUUAUAGUAAUGGUAAUGAAAUUGAAAUAUUAUUAAAAACAAAUAAUAAUAAUUCAAAUAAACCAAGAAAAUUUAAAUUUGAUGUAUCAAUUGCUGAUUGUAAUAGAAAUUAUACAAGUGAAAAUGGAAGAAUAGUACAUCAAGGUUUUAUAAAUUGUUGGAUAACAAUAACAGUACCAAUUAAUUAUACAAUAUCAUUAUAUUUUAAAUCAAUUAAUAUAUAUGGACGUGAUACAUGUGAAAAUAGUUAUAUUAAAAUAUAUGAUGGUAGUUUUAAUGAUGAAAAUAUUGCAACAGUAUGUGGUGUUGGAUUACCAUCACCAAUAUUUAGUAAAACAAAUAAAUUAAGUUUACAUUCAAAUUCAAAUCGUGGUGCUGUUUAUGAAAAUUAUGAUAUACUUUAUACAUCAACUGAUAAAGGACGUGGUUGUGGUGGUAAAAUUCAUAAUUAUGCUGGUAGAUUUACAUCACCAAUGUAUCCAAUGAAUUAUCGUAAUAGAAGUCAUUGUGUAUGGGAAUUAAGUGUACCAAGAGGUUUUAAAAUACAAUUGGAUUUUAUUGUUUUUGAUCUUGGAUCAAAUGUUGAUGCUUGUACAAGUGAUUUUGUUGAAAUUAUACAACCUAAAAAUGAACGUACUCUGUCAUAUUGUGGUAAUGAUAAACCAGCUAGAUAUCGCAGUGAAACAAAUGAAGUUUCUGUGUCGUAUUAUACGAGCAAAAAUAAUGGUGGAACUGGUUGGGUUAUUAGUUUUACAGCUGUUGAAGAAUUUAAUGAUAGUGGAACUCUUGAAUCAAUGGAUGUAACAUAAGGUGUACAAACUUGUGUGAAUCAAGUCCCCGACUGAUUCGUCCAGGCCAAGAAGGUAUACUCUCUUGCCGAUCUCAUGCUGUUGAGCGUUAUUGAGUAUACCCCAUGAGCUCCGACGAAUUCAACAACCAUGGUGGCUAAACCAACGAAUAUUAUUAUUAACAAUAAAUUUAAAAUUAAAUAAUCAUCUACAAAAUAUUAGAGAUACAAAAUAUUAUAUCACAAAUUAACUGAAAGAAUUCGAUAUGUUUAGUGGUUUACAUUGACAUUGAUUAUCAAAAAAUUAUCUAUUAUAAAU